CAAAGGAGGAGAGAGUUAUGGAGCUCAUAAGGAUCCUACAGAGUUAUUGUGUUGCGUCCGGACAAAGUGCAAACUUCCAUAAGUAUGGAAUCAUUUUCUUUGAUAAUACCUUUGAGGAGCAAAAGAAUUUCUACAGCCACCUCUUAGGGACGCAACCUCUCCUUCAUCAUGCCAAGUACUUGGGUAUACCCAUUGCUUAUGGAAGUUCCAAGAGUGAG